UCUUAACCUGUUCUUCUGCUCUUCUGCAGUCUUCCCACAUUUUACUCCUGCACGGCAUUCCAGCUGCAGAGAUGUCUGUGACUGUGUACUUCACCAGUGUUACUGGCAGUCUUCAGACGAAGAAUAACCAGACGAAGAUCAUCCAGUUGCUGGAGUCUAAGAAAAUUCAGUUCGAGACGGUGGACAUCAGCCAAAGCACUGAUUUGAGGACAGAUAUGAGGGAGAAGUGUGGGAACCCCAAAGCCUUGCCUCCCCAAAUCUUCAAUGGUGACGCCUACUGUGGGGAUUUCGCCAUGUUCGAAGAAGCAGUGGAGAUGGAAACUGUUGAAGAAUUUCUGAAGCUGAAGUAGCGGUUUUACAGCAUUCACCGGAGAAUGUCUUAGUGUGUAAUAGAAUGAUAACAGCUCUUCACCAAAAUCUCUUUUCUAAUUUAAUGCAGAUCGUUUAACCGGAUAUAGAAUAUUUUAUGUACAGUAAACAAACGCAAUUCUAUAGUUAUGCUAAAGCAGAUAAUGCUUACAACAAUAAAAAGUGUUGGAUUAUAUUAA